AUGAUAAUAUCCACAGCACUUAUGAUAUGGAAAGGUUUGAUGGUAGUAACAGGCAGUGAAAGUCCUAUUGUUGCUCUACUGAGUGGUAGUAUGGAACCGGCUUUUUAUCGUGAUGAUCUUUUUCUAUUAACAAAUUACCAGGAAGAACCAAUUCGUGCUGGUGAUAUAACUGUAUUUCGUAUUGAAGGUCGAGAUAUUCCAAUUGUUCACCGAGUACUUAGAGUACACGAAAAAUAUGAUGGUUAUGUUAAAUUUUUAACUAAAGGUGAUAAUAAUAAAGUUGAUGAUUGUGGUCUUUAUUCUCCAGAACAAUUAUGGCUUGAAAAGAAAGAUGUUAUUGGUCGAGCUCGAGGAUAUUUUUCUCAAUCUCUUUCAUAUAUUGGUAUGAUGACUAUUGUAAUGAAUGAUCAUCCACAAUUGAAAUAUGCGGCGUUAGCUAUACUUGGUCUUUUUGUCCUUGUUCAUCGUGAAAACUGA